GGUUCCCGGAGCUUUGGCUGGGACUGAGGGUGUCUGGGGGUCCCAGCCGGGGCUGGGCUGGGGUCUGGGGAUCCUGGGAUUCCAGGUGGACAUGAGGGGUUCCGGGGGGCCCAAAGAUUUGGCUGGGGGUGCAGGGGUCCUGGGCCUGAGUUGGCCCGGCAGGUAGUGUGGUACCGGUGACUCGGGAACCCAGUUUCUGCUCUCGGGGGUCUGGGGUGCACAGGAGGUCAGUAAGGGUUGAAGCAGAGUGCGAUGAGAAGGGAGAUGCUGGCCUGGGGUGACUCGCCAAGAGCUUCACUGUGUCUGCCUGGAAGGAAAAAGUGUUUGUAAACCAUCCUUUUUUCCUAACAGUAUUUAUGUAAUCCUGUAACAAGGUCUGUCAGUGUGCUUGGGAGUCGCUCUCUGGUUUGGAAAUAACUGCACAUCUGUAAUAAAUCUUUGAUUUAAGGUCUCUCCCUUGGAAGGAAGAUCUCCCACCAAUAGGAUGGUUCUGGACUGUGCCAUUAGUCAAGGGCUAUAGCAGAAAAAGUGGCUUUGAGUGAAACUUAUGUGCUUCAUUAGUGUUUAUGGAUGAAUCAGUUACUAAUAAUAUAGAAAGUUAUUUUGCAUGUUUUGGAAGAUUGGGGUGUCCUUUACUUUUUAUUAGGAAUUUAUGGACAUCCUUCCAGUACCUGAAGGGGCUACAAGAAAGCUGGGGAGGGGCUGUUUACAAAGGCUUGUAGUGAUAAGAUGUGGGGCAGUGGGUAUAAACCAGAGAGGGGCAGAUUUAGACUAGGCAUAAGGAGGAAUUUCUUCACAAUGAGGGUGGGGAGGCACCGGCCCAGGUUGCCCAAAGAAGCUGUGGCUGCCCCAUCCCUGGAGAUGUUCAAGGCCAGGUUGGAUGGGGCCUUGGGCAGCCUGGUUUGGUGGGAGGUGUUCGUGCCCUUGGCACAGGGGUGGAACUGGAUGUUUGUUAAGGUCCUUUCCAACCCAAACUGUUCUGUGAUUCUGUGAUCAGCCAGUGGCCUUGAACAUGGCAGCAACCACCCGCCCUAAACUGAGUGUAUGUAAAAACUGGUGGAUAUCUGAAUUUAGUGUUUCCUUUUCUGUUCCUGAUACAUACAAAGAAAUUAAAGUGUUUUUUGUCUUGAUAAAAACGUAUGGUAUGGCUGCUUUGUAAAACAGCACUUUACAGUACUCUGGAUUUAGGAGGGAUCCCUAUGAGCACAUAGAAGAGCCACUGUCACGAGAACUUGUGUAUUUGUUUUUAAUCUGUUGGUAUUUCAGAUACAUCAAAAGCUACCUGGAGACACUCGUACAUAGCAGGGCAUACUGAUGAGGCUCUAAUGUUAUAAUUCCCCCCUCUCCAUCUUUCAUUUCAAUGAAUUAUUUUUGUUAUUGUUAUAAAUCAUGCUUUUUGGACACGUGUGGUCAUUGAUCCUGUCCCAGUUUUAACUGAGGAGAAAAAAAAAUUAGAUCUGAACAACAAGAGCAACAAUGUGUUAACAGUAUUGAACUUGGAAGUUUUGCCUUCACAUCAAAUUCAAGCUCAGGAGUGUGAAGUUUCAGUAUUAGGUCUUCCUAUCUGAUGCAAUUACAUUUAUUUUACUGCCUGCCAAGCUUCUUUAUAUGUUAAGGAGUGGACUGAUUAGGUCUUUAUCGUAAAUAUCAAAAGGUUGUCUUAAUGACAAACCAAAAUAUUGAAUAGCAAUGAUUUAACUUUAAUUGUAGAUUAUUGUGCAGUGGAGGUUAGAAGUAUUUGUCUUUAGAGGAAAAAAUAAUCAAAGGACACACUUAAAAACAUGGCAAGAAAUUGAUAUGGCUAUUAAGUGUUAUUUCUGUAGGAUCUGACUGGUUUGUGACUCUCUGGGAGAGGAAAUACUUUAACAAAAUAAAUGAACUGUGAAUUAUACUUUUUGAUUUUAAGAGUUCAGGAAUCAGUUAUUGUCAGUGGGAUCCUGUGGUAUAAGUUCUGUAUAACCGAGGAGGCUGCAAAACCCAUUUUGAAAGCAUCACACCAUCUCUUCCAUUUGUCACUGUACUAUCAUUCCAAAGUCUAGAUACUGAAAUAUUUCAUACCCGAGAAUUUGCAGAUGUGUGUACCACUUAAAAAAUACAACAUCUCUAUAGAGAACUUUAUAGAGCGCUUGUAAUGCAAAGAGGUUGUCUUUCACAAGUCACUAUUUUCCCAUUAGAAAAAGAGUAAAAUUAUAUUCUAUGUGGUUUUCAUCUCAGUGAUGUCCCCUGGCCCCUGUUCCAGGCAGUACGAUUCUGUUACUUCAGUAACAUGAAGUAUUUCCUUGGUUGUUUUUUAAAUAAAGCAUACUAAUACAGGUUGUAUUAACUUCACACAGUAACUGUAAAUAUAUACCCAGGUCUGAGCCUCCACUUUUGUUUGUCCACUUCUUACUGAUAUUUCUCCAAGAUGUAGGUUUAUACUUAUUUUUUUCUUUUUCUUAUCUCAUUUCCUUCCUGGGCAAUUAAAAUUGGAGGCUAAAUAAUUAUUAUUAUUUUUUUUUCUUUCAUUUUGGAGCCUGGAUUCUGAAAGCAUCUUGCAAUUGAGAAUACUUGUGCUGUGAUCCUACCAUUUUUAGAACUUCUUGUGUGAAGUGCAAGUUUACUGGAAAUCUCAAUGUCUGUGCAGCUGAUCUAAUAGCCGGUAUUGCUAGAAGAGGAAGUCUUGUUUCCUUUUCUUCCCCUGCUUCCAGCGAUUCAGUCCAACAAAUCCUCGUGCUUGUCAGAUCCUGUCUUGAACUGAUGCAGCUCAAUGAUCUGACUUGGAACUAUUUAUUGACUUUCUCAACAGGUUAAUUUUGUGUUACAUUGAUGCAAUGUUGAUGCAAUAAGGAAAAGGGCACAUAUUCACAGCAGGGAGGAGGCAAUGCAACCUUCCACCUGUUGGUGACUGUGAACUGUUAAUUCACCUCACCCUGUGAACCUUGCAGCUAUUUCAGAAUUUUAUGAAUUUUUAAAUAAAGUGAUAUUUUUGUUAUAAAUUUUGUGAGUUCACAUCAUCUAAAAUACAGAGAAACUUACAUUGUAUCUUAAAACAGGAGAGACCGUUUCAGAUAUUACAGGAAGUAUGGAGAAGUAGAAAUAGUUUUUAUAUAAGAACUAAACUGUAAAGUGCUGUGGUAGUUAUGUUUGUGAUGUUCAUUUUUUCCUCUGUCACAUUUUAAGAUGAUGGGUACGGCUAAAAUCCUACUGAUGUAGAAAGCAGGUGUAAAUAAGCUAUUUUUAAAAUUUUUGUUUAAAACAUUGUAACUCUUUAAUAGAAUAAAAUUUUACAAGUUGUAACAAUAUGUACUUGUGAAAACCCCUCUUGCAGCAUCUCACUUUACUUGCGUCUUGUUUCAAAUAGAGAAGAAAGUGCUUCCAUGGAAUUUUCUUUAUUUUUAAGUCAAUAGCGUUUCAUUUUCAGGAACAAUAAUAGCUCUUUGAUACUAAAAGUUUGCUAUGUUCACAUGUGCACAUUCCAAAAGAUGAAUUUUCAGCGGUUAUGAAAGAUCCCACUUGCAGGUCUCUCAGAGAUCAGAAGGCAAAACUGCAGGGACUGUAACUCUGGGUAUUACUAUAUAACCCCCCUCAUCCUUAAAUACACAUUGGAAGGUAGAUAAAUCCUAUUAUUUCUGCUGUAGAGGUGGAGUUGAAGUGUAGAGAAAUGUGGAGACAAUUGCAAGUGAUCAGGAAAUAUCUUGGCAAGUUAUUUCUUGUCAGGUGCACUAUGGAAACUGAGCAUGGCUCAUUGUAAAAUGGAGCAUGUUAAACCUUUGUGUCUAGAUUGGAAUGUCUUAACCUGUAGGAUAACUGACUCUUCUUUCUCACUGCUUGCAUGUUAUCAUGUAGUCCUGAUCAAAUGUUUAUGUCAACUUUAACUGUAAAUCCUAGCUCUGGUAUGAAGAAAUCAAGCUCUCCAUUUUCCAUUGCUUGUAAACUUGUUGAUCCAAUUCAGCUACUUGCCUAUGCCAAAUGCAGAUUCUGAGGUGGAUUAAGAGGAUUUUGGGUGAGAAUUCCUAAGGAAAAAAUGGAGGGAAUACAAUGAGUGAAAGAGCAGUCAAAACAUUUGGAAAAAGGUAUGCUUGGAAUUUAAUCUGCAAGAACGUUUGUCAUUUUUCUUCACAGGCUAUGGCCUACAGACUUGGUGAAAUCCUACUGUCCCCAAAACCAGCAGCACUUUUUAAAGUGUGCUUUAGAUAUUUUGUCUUUGAUGGGAGGAAGCACGCCUGUCGUGGCAGUUGCCACUUUUCUUUGUUUACUGCAUGCAGCCUACAUGGGUUGCAGAUGUAAACUCUUUGGAUGUUCAGUGAAUGGAAGCUGAGGCUGUAUUGUUUGAGCAGUGUUUCUCAACAAGAUGAUGUUAUUGAUGUACAUGUUGUUUUCCUUGAUUUCAAAUUAAUGUUUUUGCUAUGUUUUAAUUGUCUUAUAAGAUUCAGCAUAUGCUCUUGCCCUUCUGUGGCAAUAAGCGAAAUGCUGUCUAGUUUGGAAUAAAACAUGAGUGCAUUUUGUUUCAAACUCUGAUCAGUUUUCAGUGAUAUUUUUCUAUUGGUUUUGUGUAUGGCAUAGAGAAAUAGAAAACUACAUCCUAGUGGCAGUUCCCAUUGAUAAUCUUGUUAGUGUUUGCUGUUACAUCGCCAAGCUGCUUCUCUCAUCAGUUCUGGAAUGUGAUGGCAUUAGACUGUACUGAUUAAACUUUUCUAGUCACCAAAUUAGAUUAACCGCUGAGUCACCUGACUAGGUAGGGCUCGCAGUCAUGUGAUCCAGCACCCUGCCGGGUGCCUGCUGGGCACUGAAACAAGGUAGUUUGCUUUUGAGAUGUUCUUAAGUAUCUAACAGCAUGGGUCUUGGAUUAUGGCUGCAAAGAAGAUGGCUUCAUUUUCCUGAUCUUUGAACUAGCUAUAAUGGAAUAAGUCUAAAAGUGCAGGAUCUUCAGGCCAUGAGCCAACAACUGGAAAGAAUGUUUAAUCCUGGAAGUUCUGACACCAAAAGACCUGGGUUUUUUUCAGUAUGAGAAAGCUUAAAGACUGCUUAUCCACUCAGUCUCUGAAAACGCGAGGAUUAGUGGGAGGGUUUAAGACAUACCAAAUAAAUGAUAGUGUGUGAAGUAUGAUAUGAUAUUCAUCAGAAAGCUUCUGGAUGUUAUCGAAGUGCAUUCCCGUGGGUGUACUGAAUAACAGUGAUAAAAAAUUUAAACCGAUGUCAAAUUUAAACAGCUCUUUUAAAAUAGAAUUAAGUAAGUUAGGAGGUGUAAGUUAAAGUGGUAUGUUCUGAAGACCGCGGUUUACUAAAUCAUAAAGUUAUUUAAUGUUUCUUUAAUUCAGAUGAUAAAAAUGUACACUGUAAUAGUACUGAAACUUGAAGAACAGUAAUAUUGAAAAUGAACUGAGUUGAAUGUACUUUCUCAGUAAGAUUAGUGAUGUAUUUAAUAGAGAUUGUUUUUCUUCUGUUUACCAUAAAAAGAUGAAUUAAAAAAAUUCUUAAAUAAUCACACUAAUUUAAAAAUACUUAUAAGAUAGACAGAACUAAAAGCCAAUGGGAAAACCCCACAACCUGACAACUAGAAAUGGAGGAGUAUUUGUGUUACGGCUUUUGAUAUUCUGUAAUGUUUUCCAUACUGGGUUCCAUGUCCAUGUAAAGCUUACUUCAGGAUUGAAAACUAAAAAUUAAGACGGAUUGAUUCUAGUCUUUUCAGAUGCUUAACACAUGGGAGUCCAUCUCCCAUGAAUACAAACGUCUGCCUUCAAAGAACAAAAGUUUGUCACUUCACCGUGUUAGUGGAAGAGAUGAAGAGUAAACUUUGUGUUUCAAAUGGAAAAACAUAUUUAAAUGCUUUGAUAUUUUGAGUCUUCAUUUUUGCCUUCCAAUUGUAUCUGAUUGCACAUAUUUCAUUAAACGGGCAUUUCUAAAGCCAAGUAAAUAACAUAGGUCAUUAUGAUUUAUGGAAAGGAAAGGUUAAUAGCUGUGACUUUUUAAAUAUGAUUUAUAUUAGUGCAGUUUAUGCAAAAGUAAAAAAUAGCUUGUAUUAUGUGUGCUUUUAGAGCCUGAGAUUCACUGAAUAUCUGUGAAAUGAUACAUAUUGAAAUUAACUUGUAGUUGCUGUAGCAUUUUUUCCUCAUGUGCUGGUAUUAAAAAGACAUUAUUACAGAUAACCAUGUUAUUUCUAUUACUAAUUUACAAUAUCAGCAGGUGCUGGAAGACCAGCAAUGUCUGCCCCUCGCCUGUGUUGUGUUUUUUUAUAAAAGGUGUUCUUUUUUAUUUUUCCUCUUUGGACCAUCAUCUCUGCAGUAUUGUGAGACCUGAAACCUGUGAAAUGCUUGGGCAAAGCUCUUGAGGCCUCCUCAUGGCUGGAAAAGAUUUAACCCAGCACCUUCAGAAUUCUUUGAAAGUUCUGCUUGCUGAAUCACCGGGAAAGUGACUCUGCUGUCUGUCAGACCUUUGGCCUUCAUCCUGACUUUGACACUGCUACAGAAAAUGUUAAAGUAUCACCAAGCUUUUUCAGAUUUGCCAGACUGAAUCCAGUGUUUCUUCUAGAGAAAAACAACACAGAAAUGAAAAUCAAAUCCUGUGUGAUCCUCUCCAUGGAAAAACCUUUAGAAAUUGUUCCAUGUUUUGCUUUAGAUGUUUAGUAUCCUCAGAUUAUAAUUGGAGUAUUUAAAGCACUUUAUAGUUAUUAAUUGUGUAUCUGAUAUGGGAAGAAUCCUUUGCAAUAAACAUGAUCCACACCCUUCACUAUUCUAGCACAUGUAACGUUAACUUUAUGCAGAAGUUUUAAAAGAAUAGUUUAUUGUAAAUAACAACUCAAACAGAAAUAUUUAAAUAGUGUACGCAGUGUACAUUUUUUUUCUUUAUUUUGGGUUUUUUUUUUUUAAUACAAUAAUUUCAGAGUAAUUCUUUGGGAAAGAGAUGGUGCAAGUUAUGGGAUUAUCUUGUGUGAAGAAAGGUUUCUGGUUAGAAGCAGAGAAUGUUAAGAGAGGAGUUUCUGCUAGCUAAGGAAAAACUGUGAAACUAUCCCCAAGUAUUCAGUGAAAAUUCAGAAUUAGAAGCAUUAUAUGAAGCAAAUGUGAUUUGAAAUUUUUUAUUAUAGUGAAGAAUCUAUAUAAUAUCAAGUCCAAUAAUUUGUUUAGUCACGCUUUGAUUGGCUGUGACUUUGAUUUUCCUGUAUUUAAAAUUUUGGCACUGCAUGUUAAACUAUUUUACACAAUGCCACUGGUUGUCUGGAAAUGAUAAAUCUGCUCAUUGAUUUCCUAAUUUUAUUAUGUACACAGUUAAUUGUAAUCCAAGAUUACAGCAAACAAGAUGUUAAUUUCUAGACAACCUCUGUAUGUUUCCCUCAGAGUGUGAUUGUAACAGAGGCAAAGAAUACAAAGAGAAUACCAUUUCUGCUAUCCUCACAGGAGCUGUCAAUAAAAGAUGUAAUAGGGGAUUUAGGAAUCUGGAAAUGGCCAACUAAUUUAUGUGAAUCUAUUUUAUUUCAGCUAGAAAGACCUAGCUCUGUUUCGUCUGCGCUGCAUAUUGCGGAGCACAGGCUGUCUAUAGAAAACCAGGCGGCUGCAUAUGGAUAGUCCCUUGAUAUCAUUCACUUGCUGUGUAAUCUUAUUAUGCAAAGUUCUAAUCUUCACCUAGAAUGAAUGCCUCUGGGUCAGAAUAUAGUCAUAUCAGGGUUUUUGAGGUCAUGUUUUGUGAUCCUUAGCUUAUUCUUCUAAGUAGGGCUGGGAUUUAAAGAGUAUUCCCCAGACACUAGCAGAGAUAGAUGGCAAAACCUGCUGCCUUUUUGGAAGACAAGACCAACAUGAGGUCCCUGGUAGGAUUAAACUUGAUUUGUAGCUGUAGGAUUUUUUAACAGAUGUAUUAUUGGACAGGGAAUAGGGGGCCACCAGCACAGCGAAAUUGGAUCACGAUUGGCAUUCUCAGGGAGUCCGCUGGCUGCUAAAACAGCAGCUGCUUGUGGAUUUGACUUCUUUCAGGUGAAGCGACUUCCAGUCAUUUGGAAAGGAUGGGAUGAAAAGGAACCUUGGUGAUAAUUUUGAUGUCUGCAAGAUUUAGUACCAAUGUAAUGGGAUUAUCGGUAACACCUUCACUGCAGAAAAAGCCACCUGGCGCUAUAACUGGCAGCAACUGAGAACUAAUCCUUUUCCAUCUCUUGGAUGUCAUUCAUGAGGCUCAAAGUGAUUUCCACCCUGCUAGCUGUGAUUAAUUUUAUAAACAAACAAACAAAAAAAAUCAAAUGAUGAAGGCAUAGGCUAUGUAAGGGAAAGAGAACAGAAAAUAAUAGUAAUUGCAUUCUGCGUUGUAUUUGCUGCAAGGAAUAAACUAUACAGUUCUUGUUAAAUAACCACAUUUUAUUCUAUGUGAUAAAUAUGGAUGUGUAACCUUUUUUUUAAUUAAUGUCUAUGUUCGGUAUAAAAACAAUGCCUAUUUUAAUGUAAAAUUUUCAGCUACCUGCUAUAUGAUAGUAAGUAGUACCUGGAAGUAAUUACAACAGGUUUUAUGCUGUUAGUUCUGCAGUAAGGGUGUUUAUACAACAGAACCAUUAACUUUUCAAGGGGCUUAUGACUUAAAUCAUUUGUUUUAUUGUGCUUAAUAGUCUUCUGCUGUAUCUGGUGGAGUUGUCUGCUGACAGCACUUUGUAUUAAAAUUAAUUGUGUGAUGUGGAAAAACAUUCAGCCAUUUACCUUGUUAUGAUCAACAAUAUGGCAUUGUUUUUAAAGAUGUACUGAUAAAAGGUUUUCUGAGAAAACAAUUACGUUACACUGAUGCUAGAGCAAUGAUAAGAUAAAUAUUCCAUGUUGUGGAUUUUUUUUAAUAAACUAGAGUUGGAUUUUUUUUGUCUGGGCGAACUCUUACUACAACCAUUCACUUAUUAACUAGAAGCUGAUACUAAAAACCACAUGGAAAACUUCAGGACUGUAGUUAUUUUGUGGAAUGAAUGUUAGAUGUCUAUAAAGGCGGACCUUAAUAAUAACUUCAGAAGACUGGGACUCCUGUUUUUAUCUUGACUACAACCAGCUGAACGACGUAACACUGUGCCAUGCUUCGCAAUGUCCUAGGAAAGACAUUUCGAUUUCUUGGCUAUACUGUGCAAUAUGGCUGCAUAGCACAUUGUGCCUUUGAGUACCUUGGAGGAAUUGUUGUGUGUUCUGGACCUUCAAUGGAACCAACUAUUCAAAAUUCUGAUAUUGUCUUUUCGGAGAACCUUAGCCGCCACUUUUAUCGCAUUCAAAAAGGAGAUAUUGUAAUUGUGAAAAGCCCAAAUGACCCCAAAUCAAAUAUCUGUAAAAGAGUAAUUGGCUUGGAGGGGGAUAAAGUCUGCACAAGCAACCCUUCAGAUUUCCUUAAGAGUCACAGCUAUGUGCCCAAAGGACAUGUUUGGUUAGAAGGUGAUAAUCUCAGGAAUUCUACAGAUUCCAGGUGCUACGGACCUGUUCCUUAUGGACUGAUAAGAGGACGCAUUUGUUUUAAGAUAUGGCCUCUGAAUGACUUUGGAUUUCUACGUGCAAGCCCCAAUGGCCACAGAUUUCUUGACGAUUAAAAGAUUUAAGUGACUAUUGCCAGCUUUCAUAGUAUUUUCUACUAAAAUCAAUGGAAAUAUUUU